AUGCAGAAAACUACUUUUGAUGGAUUGAAGCAGAUUGUUGCUUGUGUCAAUGAAUGUUUACGAAGACUACAGAGGCACGUUGCUGAUAUCGAAAAGCGUUUAAAUCUCCUAAUAGAUGAGACACACAGAAGAGUGGUGGGAGCCGAAAAAUCCCACGUUUUGGAGACACUGUUAGAAACAGCACAUCCACAAGAUGCAAGCAAGCCGAUCCCCUUUUUUGAAGGGAAAUUGGAUAAUUUCUGCAUGGAGCAUAACGAGGGGAUGUUCGAAAAUGCAAUGACCAUUUCGGACUCAUCCAACUCAAAAUUGUUAAGAGCCUCUUAUUAUGCAUCAUUAACGAUUGCGCGGAAUUCCAAACCGCACCCGAUAACGGAGACCACAGUUAUUCCGAUAAUAGUUAAUGCUGUGCGAGAAGUCCUAGGAGAAGACGCUGCUUUUCAAAUUGCGACAAUUCUUCCUUCGAACAAUACAACAAAAAGAAGAAUUGAGAACAAGUCGAGUGACAUUCAGUUUCAAUUGAAAACAGCAUUGAAUAGCAGUCUCUACUUCUCCCUUCAAUUUGACGAGUCGGUGGAUGUUUCUGGUGCUGCUCAGUUGCUGUGUUAUGUCAAGUACAUAGGAGGGGCUGAAAUAGAAGAAAAAAUUCUGUUCUGCUUCGCAGUGCAUGGAAACACCACAGGGGAGUGCCUUUUUGAAGUAAUGAUGGAGAAAACUCGGUAUUUCAAUCUAGACAGGGACAAGUGCGUCGCAAUUUGUACGGACGGUGCGGCUGCAAUGACAGGGAAAAAGGUAGGUUUCGUGAAGCGCAUUCUGGAUAUAGCUCCAAAUGCGAAAUGGUCACAUUGCAUGAUCCAUCGAUAUGCACUGGCCGUCAAACCUCUACCAGAUGAGCUGACUUUUGUUAUGGAGGACUGCGUGAGCAUUGUGAAUCACAUAAAAACUUCAUCUUUAAAAACUCGAUUAUUUGAGGAACUUUGCACCAAAUUGGGAGCAGAUUGUGUCCAGUUGCUGUAUCAUACGCAAGUAACGUGGCUUUCACGGGGAAAUCCUUAA